UGCAACCGGAGUGAGCUGAGGCCAAGGACCAGAGGAAGCGAUGGAGCACUCCAAACAGACUCAGUACGGCUCCGGCGAGAAGAAGGACACCGGGGAAGGUGGCUCCGUGCUCAACGGGCACUUUGACGGGAUGGUGAAGCGGCCGGCAGGCACUGGCACCGUGCGCUCCGGCGCUGCGCAGGCUCCGGGCGCGGAGUCCGGCGCGCAGGAGAGCUGGAGGGAGGAGCGCACCCGGAGCGUGGAGGACAACGAGAUUAGUCUGCCGUCCCUGGCCGCCGCCUACACCGCCAUCCUGCGGGGGCUGGGUGAGGACCCGCAGCGGCAGGGGCUCCUCAAGACCCCCUGGAGGGCCGCCACCGCCAUGCAGUUCUUCACCAAGGGCUACCAGGAGAAAAUUAUAGACGUGCUGAACGACGCCAUCUUCGACGAAGACCACGACGAGAUGGUGAUCGUCAAAGACAUCGACAUGUUCUCCAUGUGUGAGCAUCACCUGGUGCCCAUCUUCGGCAGGGUUCACAUCGGUUACCUCCCCAACAAGAGAGUCCUCGGCCUCAGCAAGCUGGCCAGGAUUGUUGAAAUCUACAGUCGGCGGCUUCAAGUUCAGGAGAGGUUGACCAAACAGAUCGCCGUGGCGAUCACCGAGGCCCUGCAGCCCACCGGGGUCGGCGUCGUCAUCGAGGCAACUCACAUGUGCAUGGUGAUGCGUGGCGUUCAGAAGAUGAACAGUAAAACCGUCACCAGCACCAUGUUGGGAGUUUUCAGAGAAGAUCCAAAAACCCGAGACGAGUUUCUGACGCUGAUCCGGAGCUGAGGAGGACCAAGCUCCUCCUCUUCCUCCUCCUUCUGUUGCCUGGGUUACCUCCACCUUACCGCACCAAGUGUGUGUGUGUGUGUGUGUGUGUGUGUGUGUGUGUGUGUGUGUGUGUGUGUGUGUGUGUGGUUUUGAACGGCCAGAUCUGGUGAAACGUUACUCUGUCAAGUAACACACACACACACACACA